AUGGCCGAAGGUCCAGAAGGUCUACGUCUCACAGAAUUCGUAAGGAGACCCGGUUUCGGCAAGGAAGGAAAACCUGUCCGCGUUAGAGCCAAUUUCUUUGAAGUAACAUCACUUCCAGAAAGCAACGUCAUUCAUUAUGACGUGUCCAUUACUCCCGAAGUGCCUCCUGCGCUGAAUCGCAAAGUAUACGAACAAUUUGAAAUCCAUAAUCGGAGUGGUGCCCUUGGUGGUGCUAGACCGGUUUAUGACGGCAAAAAAAAUAUGUACUCGCAUAGGCCGUUGCCUUUCGGUGAUGCAGCCGCCUUUGACCUUGAAUUAAAUGAAUUACAGGUAACUCUGCCCGAGGAUGCCAACAUUCCCUCCGCAAAACGUAGUAUUCGUGUAUUCAAAAUAAAGAUUAGGAAAGCUGCGGAAAUCAACAUGGAACAGCUUCUUGCUUUCCUAAAAGGAAAAAAUGAAUCAACUGCUAACUGCUUGUCAGGAAUAAUGGCUCUUGAUGUGCUAAUUAGGCAUCGUCCAUCAAUGGAACAUGCCACCAAAGGUCGUUCUUUUUUCACGCCUCAAGGCGCCCAACUCUUGUUUGGAGGUGUGGAGGUAUGGCAGGGCUAUUAUCAAUCAGCUCGUCCCACUCAAGGUCGAAUGCACAUCAAUAUCGACCUUAGCGCCACGGCGUUUUACGAAGGUGGUAACUUAGUAACAAAUGUUGUCAAGAUGCUUGGAAAAAGAUCUCCGGAUGAUCUUCGAAGAGGAAUCAACGAUAGAGAUCGCGCGAAACUUGAUAAAUUGCUAAAGAAUUUAAAGGUCAGAGUUGUGCAUCGUGGCGAAGUCAAUGCUAAGCGCCGAUACCGUAUCACAAAAUUGACUCCGAUGCCGGCAAAUCAAACAAACUUUACGAGCAGCGAAAAUGAAGUUACGGAUGUGGCGAGUUACUUCUAUAAGACUUAUAAUCGACGCUUAACUUUCCCAAAUCUUCCUUGUGUGGUCGUCAGAAGAGAGGUGUUUCUUCCCAUGGAAGUGUGCGAAGUGAUCGAGGGACAAAGAUAUAUUCGAAAGCUCAAUGACAAGCAAACAGCGGAUAUGAUCAAAUUUACUUGUCAACCCCCACAUCUUCGUGCAAAUAAAAUUCGACAGGGUCUGGAUAUUUUAAAUUAUCGCGAAAACGAUUACAUGAAACAAUUUGGAAUGAAAGUUUCAAACGAAAUGACUGUGGUUGCAGCCAGGGUACUUCCAGUUCCUUACCUGCAGUACCACCCCACUUCUCGAGAACCAAGCAUUCAGCCAAAAGAGGGUGCUUGGAAUCUUCGAGAUAAAAAAGUCGCAACCGGAACUAAACUUGGUUCAUGGGGCGUAUUGGCCUAUGGUCGAGAAAGCGAAAUACCCAUGCAAUCAAUAAGGAAUUUCAUUAGAGAACUCGUAGUGACAUGCCAAGAUACUGGAAUGAAUAUUCCCAAUAACAACCCACCCAUCAUGCAUGUUAACCCCCAGGGUGAUGUUGAAGGGGACCUAAAAACUGCCUGGCUUCGCGCGGGAAAUCUCGCUAAAGCACAACCUCAGUUGUUAGUAUGCAUCUUACCGAAUACUGGCGUCCCUCUUUAUGCAGAAAUCAAGCGUGUCAGUGACACAGUUAUAGGGGUCGCAACGCAAUGUAUUCAACAAAGACACAUGAUGCAAGCAAAAAAACAAUAUUGUGCAAAUGUGUGUCUAAAAAUGAAUGUAAAACUUGGCGGAAUGAAUUCGUAUUUGUUGCCGGAGCAAAUUCCGUUUAUCGCUGAGCGGCCCACCAUUCUGAUGGGUGCUGAUGUCACACAUCCUGGUCCUGGUGACAACGUACGGCCAUCAAUAGCUGCUCUUUGUGCCUCCAUGGAUGCCAAAGCUUCUCGAUACGCGGCCGCAAUCCGAGUACAGAGCGGACGAGUUGAAAUAAUAGCAGAUUUAGCUAACAUGGUUAAAGAACUGCUCAGAACUUUCUAUCAGACCUGUGGUAGAAAGCCUGAACGUAUUCUAUUCUAUCGGGAUGGUGUAUCAGAAGGACAAUUUCUUCAAGUAUUGAAUGAUGAAAUAAUGAAUAUUCGAGCGGCAUGCCAAACCUUGGAUGUUAAUUAUAAACCGACCAUCACAUUCGUCGUUGUACAAAAACGACAUCACGCAAGAUUCUUCCCAAUGGAAAAACGGGAUGCUGACCGUACUGGUAACUGCUUACCAGGAACAAUAGUCGAAAGCCAAAUAACGCAUCCAUUCGAAUUCGAUUUUUACUUGCAAAGUCAUGCUGGUUUGCAAGGGACAUCGAAACCAGCUCAUUAUCACGUCUUAUAUGACGAAAAUAAAUUCACUAGCGAUUCGUUACAAACGUUAUCGUAUAAUUUAUGUUAUAUAUACGCUAGAUGCACACGAGCCGUUUCUUUGGUGCCACCUGUUUAUUAUGCAGAUUUGGUCUGUAAUCGAGCUCGCUUUCACUCACGUGGUGAGCAUUGGUCGGACACAGAAUCAUCCGAGGAAGGAACAGGAGCAGCAGCUUCGUACGGGACUGUAAAACCAGAAUUAUCAAAG